AUGGCCGCCAGCAGAAAGAACCAGGGCAAUGUGAUAACUUCUAAAAAGAAACCAACCAACAAUCUCCCGGUUUGUGUAAACAAAGAUCAUCUGGGGGGAAAAGCACAUUCCACAGAACAAUGUAUUUCAGGUAUAAAUAUAUUUAACAACUGUAUUUCUGAAAUUAUAAACCAGAAUAUAAUCAAUGAUCUAGCUGGCCAGAAAGAAAUAUAUGACUCAAAGUUCAAGACUGUAGAUAUAAACGAGCUCCCAAUACGAUCACGACAUGCACUAUUUUCUAGAGCUUGCCCUCAUGAUAGGCAUGAUCCAGAUUUGACUAAGAACACUGAUUGUCAAAUACGUCAUCAUGACCGUGAACCCAGCAGAAUACCAGUGAAAAGGUUAACUCAAAAGUUUAGAAAAAGUCGGUUGUUAAGAAAACAACUUAAGCAUAACAUCAAAAGGUCUGUACCAAGAUCCUCGCAACUUCAUUAUAUAGUAUGGAAUUUGUGUCGUAAAAACACUUGUCACAUGAAGCGUGUCACUGAUGACAUUUACUGUCCUACUAAGAAGGUUGGAAAGAGAAACAGAACAAAGCUUGCAACAAGGUGUUUAGGACCUUAUGUUAAUCAAGGCAUUCUUGAAGAUAUUUUCUACUUGUCAGGUUUUACUCGUGAUAUACAUGCAAAACAGGAAUACAAAAAUUAUAAUCACUUAAAGAGUGUCAGCCAGUCUGCAUUAUAUACUGAUAUUGAGAAAAGUCCUGGUCCUGUUUUUAUUGAUCCUGGCAAGACAAUAUGUGCCCCAUAUAGCCAAG